ACUCUCGAGUGUGCGUGCGUCCCUCGAACUCGUCCGGACCUGCCCAGUGAAUGCGAGGCUUCCGUUAAGAGGCGUGCGAUACUUGGUGAACGGGACCGUCGAGGAGUUCAUCGAGUGUCCGGAGGCGAGAAAUUCAUCACCGGGAGUCCCGAAAGUAAUCGCCAUGCCGCUGAGUAUCGGGGUUAACCUUAGGGUUACCGGGUACUGCAACCAGGGGGGCCGUAAAUACAUGGAGGACAUGUUCAGCGUGGCCUUCCAACAGACCUCCGACGACAAGGACCUCGAGUACGCGUUUUUCGGGAUCUUCGACGGACACGGCGGCGGCGAGGCGGCCACUUUCGCCAAGGAGCACCUCAUGAACAUCAUCGUCAAGCAGAAGAAUUUCUGGAGCGACAAAGACGAGGACGUGCUUAGGGCCAUUAGAGACGGAUACGUGAACACGCACUAUGCGAUGUGGAGAGAGCUCGAUAAGUGGCCCAGAACUGCUUCAGGAUUGCCAUCUACAGCAGGGACUACCGCCAGCAUCGCGUUCAUCAGGAAAGGCAAAAUUUAUAUUGGGCAUGUGGGAGACUCGGGUAUAAUCUUGGGAUUUCAAGAUGAAGAAGAUGUGCAGUGGAAAGCUAAAGCUUUGACUAAGGAUCAUAAGCCUGAAAGCGGUCCCGAGAUGGUACGCAUUGAAAAGUCUGGGGGUAAAGUCGUCAGUAAAUCUGGUGUUCCAAGAGUGGUGUGGAAUCGACCUAGGAUUGGACACAAAGGUCCUGUUCGCAGAUCUACGCACAUCGAUGAAAUUCCAUUUCUCGCCGUAGCAAGAUCUCUAGGUGAUUUGUGGAGUUACAAUUCGGAAUUAGAUACAUUUGUAGUGUCGCCAGAACCUGAUGUCAAAGUAGUGGCUGUUGAAGUAAAAUCCCAUCGUUGCCUCAUUUUUGGUACCGAUGGUUUGUGGAAUAUGUUAACGCCACAGGGUGCAGUGUCUAUAGUUCAAACAGCUGAAAGGCAUAAUGAAAAACAUUUAAUCGCUUCUCAACAAACCGGCAGUGGGCAGACGGACCUUCAGUGGAUCAAUCCUUCUAAAAGUUUAGUAGACAGAGCGUUGGAAAGAUGGUCUUCUACUGGUCUCCGAGCAGAUAAUACCAGUGUUAUCACAUUAAUGCUCGAUCCUCCUGGCCGAUCUCGUAGCGAGGUUUUAUUGAGCCAAAAAAAAGAACAAGCUACAUUGCCAAAAAAGAUAAUUCCUCCAAUGGAUGACCCUGUGUGUCACAAUGUUCCUAUGGAUGAUUCGCAGAGACCUGUACCAACUACAAGUAUACCUUACUUGCCGAAACCUCCGGCAUUGGAAACGCCAGAAGUCUGUGAUGAAAAACAACCAGAUUCGUCCGAAUGUGUUGACAAGGGCUCCGUACCAGUUCCUCCUGAAACGGAGAGUCUUUCACAUCAAGAGAGUGUUUCAUUAACGCCUCCUCCUAGAAAUGAAAAUCACGAAUCUAACGACAUGAUUCAAAUGAAAGGAGGAGGAAAAUCAUCCAGCGGAGAAAGUAUACAAGUAGCAGAAAUAUCCUCAAGUGAUACUUCUGAUGAAAAUGUCACAGUGGGUGGAACCGACCCACAAUUAGUGGCUGCUGAAAAAUCUUUAGAAGAAAAAGUCGAAAACAGCGAGCUGCCCUCUGCGAUGGAUGUUAACUCUGUACAUCCACCAGUAUCAGAACCUGAGAAGCCUGACAGUCUUCCUGGUAAGAAUACGCGGGAGGAGGACAGUCAUUCUAGUACAAUGCCACAAAGUGCUUCUGUGGGAACACGCGACGAACUAAAAGAACCCGUAGCUGUUCCGUUGGAGGCUCGACUAAGGAGUAGUGGUCCAGUAAAAUCUGACAGUCCCUUCCCGAGGCGUAACAGUGAUCUCAGAACUGGCAUCUUGAGUGGGCCAAGAUGCAAACACAGUUUACCGGUACAAGCUGAAAAUCAUCGUCCAUUUACUGGUACCGAUGAUCGACUCACUACCAGAAAGCGCAGAUAUGCAGUUACUUCCAGAUCUUCGACUGGCACUUUGCUUGGCGCGACUACAAGUGGCGACGACGGUGAUGCACGACCCUACGUGAUUUUGAGAUCGACCAGGCACAAAUACAGCACGAAAGCUUUGAUGGAGAAUAACAAGCUCGGAGAAUCUCCGAGGAAUGCUUCUGAGAAUGAAUUGUUAAACGAAGCCCAGGAUGGGACCAAACAAAGGCACAAGUCUAUGUCUCAAACUGCGGAGGAAGGGUAUCCUAUGGAACCGUAUAUGAUUAAGCGAAGAACUCGUUCCGAGGAUCGUCCUACUCCUAUGGAUGAGAAUGGAGAUCCAGCUAAUCGAGCUUCCAAUGAUCCUCACUGCAGGCUACGUUGGCCUUCAUCGGACUCAUCGACGUCCUCUUCAACGUCCACCGUUACGACGACGCUCCCACCGUUGUCAUCGUUAACACUUUCCAGGACGCAGGGAAUUGUUUCUGGUCCUUCCUCCCUGGAGACUCAGAGGCUAUCGUCACCGAACCCUUUCCAGAGGAGAAGCCUGGAAAAGAAAGCCACUCCGGUGAAGACCAUCAGAAGGCUAUCGAUGAAUGGUCAGAACAGAACUCACUUGCGAGGCAGCUUUGGCCUCAGGGAUUGGGACCAGGGUAAACCCAACCGAGGCGAUCAGGCAAGAAACAGGCGAAGCGAACCCACUCUGCCCCAAAGAUGGCUACGUUCUGACACCAUAGCAGCCACUCCGGUCAAGGCUCUACGUUCACGUAACGUUGAAAUCCCAGGACACGCUAUGUCUCCAACUCUCGCCCUGCAAUUUGGGGUGAACAAGCAGAAUCGUCUCUCCUUGCCGGCGAAGCUGAAGCAACAAAACGGUCCUUCGUUGUCCAACAAGAUAAGAGCAUCUCUAUCGACGAGCAAACUUAAGCCAACCGGAGGAAGUGGUACCACCAGUGGAAAUGGUUCCGGUACUGGCUGUGCUAUCUCCAAGAGAGUCAAGUCGCCCUACAAUCCUAGUACCAGAUCGUUAAGCACACGUUCGCGCAUCAAGCGCCUAGGAAAGUGAGACUGUUCUCCAGAAACUGAGGGGCUUUUGAAUCCCAUUGAAGAUAUUUGGCACUCUUCCUUAGUGCCCUCCAGUCCAUGUGCUCUUCGAAGGGGGCGGUUGGCUAAAAUUAGAAAAGAAUCAAUUUAAACUACGUUUCUCCUCCCUACGAGCAUUAAUCUUGAAUUCCAUUAACCAGCUAUAAGUUAUUUAAUAAGAACGCACAAAAAUAAUAUGCACCAAACAUUUUGAAAACAUGCUUCAAUACCUUCCUUGACGGGGCUCUUUCUAUGGCUCGGUUAAUACUGUACAUUUGUAGGUUAUUUCUCAUUCCUUUAAUUUCAGUGAAAUCAGGUUUAUGGAAUUUAAGGUUAAUCCGGUUGAGGAAUAAAUGGGGUUUUUCUUAUAUUUUUCUGAUUUUAGAAUGCUGUUCUUUGGGACAGACUUCUCUUCGAGACACUUCAUGUACUCUACGAUCGCACAUUUAUGUUCCUCAGAGACUGGUAGGAUGAGCUCGAGUGCAACUCUUUGGUAAUCCAUGAGAAUCUGAAAUCCGCUGAUAAGUCUACUUUUCUUUUUAUUUGCUAACAAGUUAUUAAGUGAUUCUCCCUUGGUGGAUCAAAUAACAUUGGAACUGUAAACCUCUUUAUGACAGCGAAAUUGUCAAAUGGAAAGUUUCUAACUCGUCUUAGUUUUAACGUCAGUUUCUCGUAUCUGUUGAAUCACGAAAAAUGUCUCGCUUUUUAAUUACUUUUUUGACAGGCUACGUAAUUGUAAUUACUUUCUUUAGUAGCAAUCCUGUCUGUGGGUAGUCUUUUUGAUGUGGCACAUAUUUCUAUGGAUUUUCCCUGAAAAGAAAUUGACAACGUCGCUUUCAUUGAGAACCUUUUAUCGUUACUCUCUAUGCAUCUGCUGGAAUUUGUAAAUGAGAUGUUAUGUCCGUUAAUUCAUAAAUGAAUUAUUCUGAGAGUUUACAGAAAUCAAUGCUGUAUAGGAUGUGUACGUAUGUCUAUAAGUCAGAUUAGUCUAAAGAGUAAGAAUCCGCUAAGAUUGUUAGAAGGUACGAAACCACUGAUUUGCCUUGACCGAACACUUUUAGAAGUCUUUUAAUUUUAUGCCGAUGAUUUAUGUCAGCUGUCGGUGCAUAGCAAUGAGAAUUCCGGUCAUAUUUAUUCCAUAUUUAUUGUAUUCUAUGGAAUAAAUAAGCACUAACUGAUGUAUUCCUUGCUCGAUACAUGCUGUAUAACUUUGAGGUUAUAUUGUCUGCUUCGGCUUUGUGUUACGCAGUCGACAUGUUUUUGAGUGGUAUUUGUCAAUAUGCAUUUGUGUGCACACUGUUCAUUUCUACUAAAAUGAAAAGCAGAAAGUAACGACACACGAAUGAUUUUACGAGUUCAGUCACAUUUUGAAAAAUUAUAUCGGCUACUUCUUUUUUCGUUGUCCCGUUAAUUCCAUCGAUUACUUAAUCGACCUUUCGCGCACUCUACUUCGUUACCGCGUAUUGAGUUUUAAAAAGUAAUGCCACUACUAACAAACUUCCAGCAUAUUUCUUCCCUUCUUAGCCUUCGAACAGUGGAGUCGUAUCAAUUUAUUCCAUAGAUUGGUUUUGAUGUAUUACAAUUUACAGUAACAAUGGCAGAGCGUUAUCACUCGAAAGGUAUAAGAAGAUUACCUCUCCGGUAUAAUUUCAUAAAGUAAAUUUUAUCCUAAAUUAAAUACCUGUGGUAGAAGAAUGAGUGAACCUUGACACGUUUCACUCAGUCCUUUAUCAUGAAACUAAAGUAACGAUUGUAUUAAUUUUAUGAGGCAGUUUCCAGCGCCGUUUAAUUGUGAUAUUAAAGGGUCAUUACAUAUAAAACGUCAAAAUAUUUCUAAAACUCUCUCCGAAGUAGGUGCACCGAAUUUGGAGAAAAGUGUUAUAAAUACUUUAACGUUACAUAUAUAUGUAAAAUGGUCCUUUCGUAUCACUUUAAUUGUGUUAUACAUUAGGAAAGAAGCAGAUCGACUUCACGUGUUCCGCUGUCCGCGUCAUAACAAACGCUUAAUCGAUCUGACAGCGCAUUGACCUUUCCUACCUAUCUUAAUCGAUCGAGAGGGGACGUUUGAUCGAAUCCACUUUGCAUGUCUUAGCGCAAGACAUCUGGGAAAGUUGAUCGGACCUAAGCUAGUUCUUCUCCUCGACGUCUAGUACGAUAGUGAGUUGCCUACGGCGAAUUAUCGUAUCACCGCGUAAAGUAGGGAUCCAAAACGUUAAGGUGAUAUGAAAUAGUCAUUCCAUAUAUAAAAAUGUGAAAGUAUUCAUAAAACUUUUCUCCCAAGUGCACCGAAUCAUUUGGAACUUCAACAGGUGAUUACGGUGGCCCUGAGGAAGAACGCGAUGCUCGUAAAAUUUAAUUUCUUUUUAUUUAUUAAUAUUUUCACGUUUCAUUACAUGGAACGAAUGAAUUUCGUGUCCCCUUAAAACGCGAACUGCGCCGCGUAGAUGCCCGAAAGGAAGAGUGUACAAGUAUGUAAUUCUAGAAUUAGUUUAAUUAGCGCGUAACGAGGCAGGAGUGAAAGGGGUGAGAAAGAUAACUCGAGGGGGGGAUGCUGCACCGCGUGUCGGUGUUUACACGGGAAAAGGGAGAGAGAGAGAAAGUAAUCGUAUGAGCAGAAUCUACGCGAAAAAUCCAAUGAUACGUGCCUACGAUAGUUACCAGCUGGACAUAGACAAUGUGUAGAUGGCUCUUAAGUUAUCCGACUAAUAAUGGGGGAUUACCGCGUUAGCGUCUAUUUAUGUACAAAAGAGGUGGUACAGAGGGACGGGGUACGCCCGGUAAUUGGACGUACGAGAUGUGCGUGGAAAAUGAUUAUAGUAUAUGAAUAUAUAUAGUAUAUAUAAACGAAAUAGAAAUCUAUGUACACGCGAGCUACUGUUAAAUGCGUUCUCCAAGGUGGUGCGUCGUAACUGCUCUGACAGCUGUAAAUCGGUGAAAGAGAUGCUUAAAGGGGGCUUCACGUAGCUCGACGUCCUUCCCUCUGAGUUUCCCUCGUCGAAGGGGGACGAACGGCCUCGAUUGUUACAUCCUCUUCGGCCUCGGCCCCUUUUUAUUCGACGAGACGCAGAAUCCGGAAUCGGGGAGAGCGAGGGACGUCCCUUACCGAGGGCCGGAGUAAAACUAGAACAAAUGUGUGAUCCCGUUUUUAAUCUGUAUAUUUUAAUUAAAUAAAACCAAUUGAGAUAUA